AACACUACAACUCAAUUGACUCGCCUCAGACGAAAUCAUGAGUGGAUCACGAGCUAGACAGAAUUUCGCCAAGGAAUGUGAAGAUGCUCUGAACAAACAGAUCAACAUGGAACUGCAAGCUGCAUACGACUACAUGGCUUUCUUCACCUACUUCGAUCGAGAUGAUGUCGCCUUCCCGAAAGCUGCUGAAUUCUUCCGAAAGGCAUCACAUGAAGAACGUGAGCACGCUGAGAAAUUGGCGAAGUAUGUUAACAAGCGUGGUGGUCGUGUCCAGUACAGCGAUAUCAAGACUCCGUGUAAGACGGAGUUCAGUGGUCUGGUGGAUGCGAUGAAUACGGCUCUGGCGAUGGAGAAGGCAGUGAAUGAGUCACUGUUGAAACUCCAUGAUGUCGCUUCGAGGAACAACGAUCCAGCACUCACUGACUUCAUCGAGAGUGAAUAUCUGCACGAGCAAGAACAAGCCAUCAAACAAUUCGCCGACUAUGUGACACAAACCAAGAGAGUUGGCAGUGGACUCGGUGAAUAUCUCUUCGACAAGCUGACAUUGUCCGACUGA